GUUUACAGGGUUCAUUGGCUUCGCACGAAAGCAUUGCGUGAUCGGUGGUCGGAAGAACUGCUACUGGUUGGCCAUGAAAUGGGUUGGACUGUGCAGUUCUUCCUGCACAAGGCACGCUCAUGGUUAUCACGCAUCACCCACAACGGCGAUCCACUCCCAGAAGGGCACAAAUGUUAUGCAAUUCGGCAGGCCCACAUGUACCACGACUUGGCCGAACAUGCACGUGCAAGUUUUCUAAAGGCAAAUCCAAAGUUCACGAUAAAUGCUUGA